GAGAGAGUUAGAGGGAGAGAGAAAGAGAAAAGGGGGGGAAUGCUGCCUGAAAUACCAAAGAAAAUGACUCAACUGGUGCGGUGAUCAUACCUCCUUUGGAAAAGAUGCUAUUGACAGCAUGGUACAAGCUCUAUCUCUCUACACAUCGUAGUUAUCUUAGUUCUUUGUAGAUACUUCUCUCUUACUUUCAGUGCUGUUUAGACCAUGGCUUCCAUAGGUUGGUUUAUGGUGGUUCUAGUGGGCUUUUGGAGUCAGUUAAGCCCUAGUUGGGGAGCUAAUAACAGGCUUGGCAGAUACCGCUACCAGCGCAGGAACUGCUUCACCUGUUUUUAUGGAUACAGUGGCUACAACACGGGACACAUGCAUGGUGCAGAUAUUGAUGAGUGUCAGGUCUAUAAUGGGGGCUGCCAGCACCGAUGUGUCAACACCAGGGGCUCGUACUACUGCGAGUGCAGCCCGGGCACCCGUCUGCACACAGAUGGCCGGACUUGCAUCGCCGUCCGAUCCUGUGCCGUCAGCAAUGGAAGCUGUGAGCAGAACUGUGUGCAGCUGUCCCCGGCUCACUACCAGUGUCGCUGCAGACCCAACUAUCAGCUCGCAGAGGACGGCAAACACUGCAUAUUAAGAAACCCCUGUGCAGACAGAAAUGGGGGCUGUAUGCACACCUGCAAGAAUGACGGAGGGAGAGCUCAGUGCAACUGUCUUCCUGGUUACACACUGGCACAGGAUGGCAAGAACUGUGAAGACAUUGAUGAGUGUGAGACAGACCAAGCUGCUUGUGCCCACGGUUGCCAUAACAACCAAGGCUCCUUCACCUGUGUCUGUAACCCAGCAUACGAGCUGGGUGCCGAUGGCAGGAAAUGCUAUCGAAUCGAGAUGGAGAUCGUGAAUGGUUGUGAGACUGCCAAUGGAGGCUGUUCCCAAAAGUGCCAACACUCCACCCUCGGACUUGUCUGCAGCUGUAACCACGGUUACCACCUGGAUGAAGACCUCAGGACAUGUGUGGACUUGGACGAGUGUGAGGUGGGAAGCUCGUGCUGCGAGCAGGACUGUACCAACUAUCCCGGGGGUUACGAAUGCUACUGCGGGGCUGGCUACCGUCUCAAUUCGGAUGGGUGUGGCUGUGAUGAUGUGGAUGAGUGUCUGGUAGACAACGGAGGCUGUGACCAUACCUGCCAGAACACAGCCGGCUCCUUUCAGUGCUACUGUCACCUAGGACACCGGCUAGAUGAGGACCAUGUCUCUUGUAUUCCCCUGGAGGGGGCAGUAGAGGCGUCGGAGUGGAGCAGUCACAUCGCAGUGGAGCGCCCUCUGCCCCAGAUAACCCUGCUGAGGGACUACCAGCCGCUGGAGCGUUAUGACGACUACGAGGAGGACAGCCUGGGAGAGCUGCGGGCCCAGAGCACCCUCACCCAGACCUUUGUGUGUCUAAACAACACGUUUGGUUACGACUGCAGCCUGACGUGUGAAGACUGUUCCAACGGUGGCGUGUGUGACAUGGAGGAGGGCCACUGUGACUGUCCUGAUGGGUGGACAGGUGUUGUCUGCAACCAGACUUGUCCAGAGGGCACCUUUGGCAGGAACUGCUCCUUCAGCUGUAAGUGUAAGAAUGGUGCCACCUGUGACCCUGUGAACGGGCACUGCCGCUGCCCGCCUGGCAUCAGCGGGGACAUGUGCCAGGAUGGCUGUCCUAAGGGCCUGUAUGGGAAACUUUGCAAUAAGAAGUGUAACUGUGCCAAUAACGGGCGCUGCCAUCGUACCUAUGGAGCCUGCCUGUGUGAUCCCGGGCUCUACGGGCGCUUCUGUCAUCUAACGUGUCCUAAGUGGGCGUACGGCCCUGGCUGUUCGGAGGAGUGCCAGUGUGUCCAACAGAACACCCUAGAGUGCCACCGCAACCAUGGCUCCUGUGUCUGUAAACCAGGCUACCAGGGCAAGAACUGCCAGGAGGAGUGUAAUAGAGGAUACUAUGGCCUGGCCUGCAAGAGGACAUGUCAGUGUCCAUCUGGGGUACCCUGUGAUCAUGUGACAGGGGAGUGUCUGAGCCAGUGCCCACCUGGCUUCCAUGGGGACAACUGUGACCUAGACUGUCCAGAGGGUCACUACGGGGCUGGAUGUAACCAAUCGUGCCACUGCUCUGGCUCCCCAUGUGACAACAUGACAGGACAAUGUCACUGUCUUGCGGGGAUGAAGGGACAGCACUGUGAAACUGAGUGUGAGGAGGGUCGUUGGGGUCUGGGCUGUUCAGGCUUCUGUCCCCACUGUCAGAACAGGGGAGUGUGUGACAAACACAAUGGAGUGUGCUGCUGUCAACCUGGAUACAUGGGCACCCUGUGUCAGAGCGCCUGCCCGGUGGGUAGAUUUGGCCUGGGUUGUCAGCUACGUUGUCUGUGUGAUAACGGUGGGCGCUGCCACCCGGUGACAGGCAACUGUGCCUGUCCUGUAGGAUGGACUGGACCUAGCUGCAGCAGAGCAUGUGAUGCCGGGCGCUGGGGGGCGGACUGUGCUAACAUGUGUGAGUGCCCGGGCAGCGAUGGCAGCUGUGACCUCAUCACGGGGCAAUGUCGCUGUGAGGCGGGCUACACGGGACCCCGCUGCCAACAGAAGUGCCCAGAAGGCUCCUUUGGCAUAGGCUGCAGACACAGGUGCCAAUGUGCCAAUGAGGCGGCCUGUGAGCAUGUUAGUGGAGCCUGCACCUGCCUCACUGGUUGGACCGGCACAUACUGUGAAAAAUCAUGUCCUGACGGCUUCCAUGGGCUGGAGUGUCAGCAGCAGUGUCAGUGUUCUAACGGGGGCCGAUGUGACCACCUGACGGGUGCCUGCCACUGUCCAGACGGCUGGGUCGGACCACAAUGCAACAUCACAUGCCAGGCAGGGUGGUUUGGCCAUGGGUGUGAACACACCUGUGAAUGCCGUAAUAAUGCCACCUGUGACCCUGUGAGUGGGCAGUGCCAGUGUACGCCAGGGUGGAUCGGCCCCAGCUGUGAGAAAGAAUGUGUAGAAGGCUUUUAUGGACAAGACUGCCAGCAUCACUGCCUGUGUCAGAACGGAGGGGUGUGUGAUCAGUUCUCUGGGCGCUGCUCGUGCUCCAAUGGGUGGACUGGGGCAGCCUGCGAACUGGAGUGUGCCCAUGGCUGGUUUGGGGUGGACUGUGCUCAGCCCUGUGAGUGUUUGAAUGGUGGUGUGUGUGACCGUCACAUUGGAGAGUGCAGCUGUGGCCCAGGCUGGGUAGGACAGCACUGUCAGACAGCGUGUGAGGCUGGCCUGUUUGGCCCAGGGUGUGAGGAGCGGUGUCGAUGUAACCAUGGGGAUGUGUGUGACCAAGUCAGCGGUGUGUGUUUGUGUCCUCCUGGCUGGAGGGGACCCAAGUGUGACAGAGCCUGUUUACCUGGCUCCUAUGGGAAUGACUGUCUGAGCUAUUGUAACUGUCCCCACGGCACUUCCUGUAACCAUGUCUCUGGCAAAUGUGGCUGUCCCCCUGGAUUCACUGGCAAUGGCUGUGAGCAAAUAUGCCAACCUGGCACGUAUGGGCUGAACUGUAACCAGGUGUGCCAGUGCUCUGGCACCAACCAGCUGUGCCACCCUGUCACCGGCCUCUGCUUCUGCGCCCCGGGUUACCAUGGCAGCAACUGUGAUCAAGAGUGUGACAUGGGACGGUAUGGCCCAAACUGUGAACGCCCGUGCCAGUGUCUGAAUGCCGGUGUGUGCCAGACCACCACGGGCACCUGUCAGUGCCCAUCGGGGUACAUCGGAGCAGACUGCAACACCACAUGCCCAUCAGGGCGCUAUGGGCAGGACUGUGCCAAGGUGGCCCUGUGUGGCGAGGGGGCACGAAGUGACCCAGAGACGGGCAGGUGUGUGUGCAAGGCGGGCCAGCGGGGAGAAGACUGCAGACAGGGUUGUGCCCAGGGCUGGUAUGGGGAAGACUGUGGCCAGCACUGUAACUGCAGUAACGGUGGUGUGUGUGAACUGGUCUCUGGAGGCUGUACCUGUGGACUAGGCUGGACCGGACCCAGCUGUGAUACAGAGUGCCCAUCAGGGAGUUACGGAGCCAACUGCAAACUGCGGUGUGAUUGUCACAACAACGGGACCUGUGACAGAGUGACGGGAGAGUGCCAGUGUGACCCGGGAUACUAUGGUCACCUGUGUGAACAUGCCUGCCCUGCUGGUUUCCAUGGCCACCGCUGUCAACGCCAGUGUAAGUGCCGAGGCCUCGCCCCCUGUGACCCAAGCACAGGGCACUGUCUCUGCCCUACUGGUUACCAUGGAUACCACUGUGAGAAAGAGUGUGAGCAGCAUCGUUUCGGGGUGGGCUGCAACCAGUCAUGUGACUGCGAGGGGGACACCCCAUGUGACCCCAUGACCGGCCACUGUCUGUGCCCCACAGGGAAGAUGGGAACGCGCUGUGACACAAAUUGUCCAGCGAACCACUACGGCCCAGACUGUUCUGAGAGAUGUGAGUGUAGGAACGGGGCACGGUGUGAUCCACGGAAUGGCGGCUGCACCUGUCUACAGGGCUGGAUAGGACCUACCUGUCAGGAAGAAGGGUCCUCACGUCUCCACAGCAGUCCCAACAGAAACCAAGAAAAUAAGCACUCACACACACACGCACACUCAUAGCACCCCCUACUGACUGACCCUCAGCUGGGGCUUACUGGUCACCUCUAGAGGUCACAGAGCUCGAAACCGAACUGACACACUCAAAACAAUAGACUGUUUAUACAGAGAUGGGAGUGCAAUGGCAUGGACUUGAUGAACUAAAUACCAGUAGGUGUCAGAAAUUGUACUGAGACCUAUUGGUGUCAGCGCCGGGACCUAUGAACUGGUAUAUGCCAUUUAUGGAGAGUUGUCUAAUCGCAGACAUUGAUGAGACAAUGGAGUUCACAUGACACACUACACUUGACGUCAUAGGGUUGAUUCUGCUACACUUCACGCUACGGGGUAAACUCUGCUACACUUUGCUUGACGGGGUUGACUCUUCUAUACUUUUUGUUACGAGGUUGACUAUCCUACACUUCACGCUACGGGGUUGACGCUGCUACACUUUACGUGACUGGGUUGACUCUUCUAUACUUUUUGUUAUGGGGUUGACUCUUAAAGGUACUCAAGUGUUACCAGACACUGGUACACAUUUUCUAGUUUGCCCUGUAUAAGAGGACAUUUCUGGGUCAAAUUCCAAAAAGGACAAAGUUAUGCAGAGGUUUGUGGCAUUAUUUACUGUAAAAUGCAGUUCAGUUGUUGAAAAUCAUGUACCAUGCUUAACUGUUGUGUGUAUUUGUCUGUACAUUGCAUGUAUGUAAAUGUGUUCACGUCUACAAUACAAUCAUGUUGUACUUAUACUCUCACGAUAUGGUAGUACCUCAUUGGAAGGAGGUUUUCACAUUGAGGAGAUUUGCUUUUCGUUCAUAGAAUUUGUUGUACUUUGGAGUAAUAUCAUUGAAGUUGUAGUCCUGCUUAUUGGCUUCUCCAAAAACAAUAGUUUACACACACAUGAUCCAUUUGUUCUCUUUGCUGCCACCAUUGCACUAUACAGACUCCUAUGACACAGUUGAUUUAAUGAUAAGAAACAAUUCAGGAUAAUGUUGAUCUGAAUUAAAUGUUCUACAGUAUUUAGAAAGUUUGCACCCAGUAUUGAUGAUGUGCACAGCCAUGCACACAGGUCAAUAGGCUUUAGUCCACAUGCCUUAUUCUACAUGUUUUAUACUCUAUGAAAUAAGUUACAGCUCCUCAGCGAAAUGGAGGGAAAAGUGCUGCGGUUUUCAAUAAAGACAUUUUGGGAUUGUA